UUGGGGGAUGGGGGUGACGGGGAGAGUUGCCAGGCUUUCCCAUACCAGUGUGUGAACGACCGCCUGUGUGGAGAGUGUAGAGUGUUUGUGCACAUACUGACAUUACCGAGUGACCUUAUUUGAGUAGUCCAGCAUAAGGCAGCAAUAUGGACGCGGCUGACGAUGAAUUGCUUCCGAUCUCACGCAAGUCGGCACGUUACAGGCUGUCUGGGAAGGGCGGCGACUGCGGGUGUACUGGCGUGAAUCGGAAGCACCCGUGGACUAAAAUAAUGGGUGAAGGCAAGGGAACAGUGCUGAGCAUUGCCGCAGUGUUCCAGGUGCUGGUGGCGACCUCUGUUAUUUUGGCAGUGGUGUUGUGGAGUAAGCAGCCCCCUGACGUCCCUGCGGUAGUCCUGGAAAAAUGCAGCGGGGACGCCAUCUCCGCCUCGCUCAGACACCUGACCUCUGAACCUCACACGGCGGGCACCGAGGCAGACACCCAGCAGGCGCAGUGGGUCGCGGAGCAGUGGCGGGAUCAAGGGCUGGACACAGUCAACCUUGUGCCUUACGAUGUUCUCCUUUCUUACCCUGACACCGACAAGACCAACACGCUGAGCGUCAAGAAUGGGUCUGGUCAUGUGGUGUGGGAAUCCCAGGGUCGCCAAACUCCUCUCUGGCCUGGGGAAGAUCACCCUGGAGUCCUGCCCUCGUUCAACGCGUACUCUGCCCGAGGCCUUGUCCAGGGUCCGGUAGUGUACGCGUUCCUGGGGCGCGACGAGGACUUUCGCUACCUUGAUGACCACAACGUGUCCGUGUCCGGCAGCAUCGUUCUCGUCAGAUACGGCGACGUGUUCAGAGGAAACCAGGUCCUGGAGGCUGAGAAGCGAGGCGCGGGCGGUGUGUUGCUCUUCCUGGACCCGGGCACGGUGAGUCCCGAGGGGUCGUAUGACAACGACACGUAUCCCAACACGGUGUUCGCCCCGCCGCACGCCGCGCAGCUCGGCACCACCAUGAUGGGCAACGGCGACCCCCUCACGCCCUUCUACCCAUCCAUAGAAAGCGCCUUCAGGAUUCCAGAGGACGAAGCAGCCGUCCCUAAGAUUCCCGUGCAGCCGCUGAGUUACUCCGACGCCGCCUUCCUCCUGGGUCACAUGGGAGGGCCAGUGGCACCCAAGGAGUGGCAAGGCGGCCUCAAUCUAGUAUACCGCCUGGGUCCGGGCCUGCAGGAGCCGUCCCUCACCACCUCCCUCAGCGUGCACACCCACAAUGCCAACGCCACCGUGUACAACGUGGUAGCCACUAUCAGGGGCGCCGUUGAGCCAGACCGCUACGUGCUGCUAGGGAACCACCGCGACGCCUGGAUCUUCGGGGGCGUGGAUCCUUCCUCGGCUACGGCUUCCAUGCUCGAAGUAUCUCGCCUUUAUGGCCUCCUUCUACAAAAAGGAUGGCGGCCUCGCCGGAGCCUGGUGUUCUGCAGCUGGGCGGCUGAGGAGUACGGCCUGGUGGGGUCAACAGAGUGGACGGAGCAGUUCACGACUGUACUCCAAGGUCGCGCUGUGGCCUACCUAAACGUUGACAUGGUGUUUGAGGGGACGUACAGCUUCAUCUCCAUGGCGUCACCACUCCUGUGGGGCGCCAUCGUGAGGGCGGCGAGGAUGGUGCCCAACCCAGACCCGAAGGAAGCAGCGGCUGGGCGACCAACACUGCACGACACCUGGGUACACCGCCACCCCAAUCCAAGACACCCAGGCCGCCCCAAAUUCCUGGGGCUUGGCAGUGGAAGUGACUUCGCGACCUUCCAGCACGUGCUUGGCAUUCCCUGCAUGGACAUGUACUACACGGCGGCUCCGGACGCCCCAAGUCUGCCCCUCUACCACACCCUCUACGAGACCUUCCACCUGGCCAGGCAACUAUACGACCCCGACAUGGCUUAUCACGUGGCCCUGACGCGCACGUGGGCUCUCGUCGCUUAUUUCCUCUCCCACGAGGAUGUGAUUCCCUUCAGCGUCAGUCUCUACGGGGAAUUCCUGACGGAGGCGCUGCAAGACCUGGAGGAGGAGUACAGCAGCCUUCUGAACCAGACUCAGACGGAGCUUGGUUACCUUCGGGCCGCCGUAUCCACCUUCAGCGUCGCCGCCAAGAACUGGACAGCCGGCCUUGCUUCCGUCGACCUUGAGGAUGCCAUGGCCGUGAGAGCUGCCAAUGACGUGCAGAUGAUGCUGGAUCGAGCCUUUCUAGACCCUCGAGGACUCCCAGGAAGACCGCAUUUCAAUCACGUGGUGAUGGCGCCCAGCAACAGCAACACUUACACCUCAGACAGCUUCGCGGGGCUGCAGGACCUGUUGCAUGACCUGCCUGACCUGCCGCCCAAGGAACAGGUCACCCGCUGGCGCCAGGUGAGGGAGCACUUUGCCGCCGUCACCCACCUCAUCCGUGCCGCCGCUGGUGUCCUCACGCAGGAAAUCUGGUGAUUCUCAGGGACGGCCGUGCCCUCGCUUGGUAGUCAGGGAAACGUUUAUUUAACUGUGAUUUUGUUUUAGUGUGUUGUUUUUACUUCAAAAUUUCCGUGUAUAGCAGAGUCAGAAGGUGAACUAGAGCACACCAAGUGACUUCAGCUCUUGUAGAGGAGAGGAGUGCUCAGGCAGCGGUAAGAUUAUAUCAGGAAGACGAUAAUACGUGCAGCUUAGAAACUAGGCCACGAGAAAGCCAAAAACAUGGAAACUCAUUUAUCCCUUGUUUCGUUGGUGUCCGUUCUUUGCUACGUUCCCCCCCCCUCCAUCAAUUAAGGGAGCAUCGUGCAGGGUAGGGAGAUAGAACACCACUUGUACCUCAACUACACGGCUUCCUUGGUCUCAGAGGACACUGGAAGACGCAUCACUUGACGGCACGCGUCCUCUGCAAGUCUUUGUGAAGAAGAGGACAACAUCUCACCCUAGCAUUUUCUCCACAGAAGGUGUAUUUUUUUUUUUUCUGUGAAUGUAAGGAAAGGUGAUGUUGACACUUCUUCCGUCUCUGUCCUCGGAGUCUCCCGUCACCUACACGAGGGAAGGGACAAUAGAAUCUAAUGGAGAAGACCUGUUGUUUCCUCCGAGGGUCUUCUUGUUGACGUCUCCACCCUGGCUGUGACCCGCCCCUAGGCGAUUGGAGCCAGAGAGCACGUGUGUGGUGGUUAUGGUAUGGGAUGCUUAUGUAAUUACUGUGUGGUGGUGGUGAUUGUGGUACUGGUUGUGGUGGUAGUGAUAGCAGACGAGAGGGAUUGUUUAAGUAAGAAUGGUAUGAAUGGUGGUAGUGGAGUGUGUUGAAGGAAUAGACGGUAUCAGGAGUGAGUGUAGUGUAUUGGUAGGGUGGUGGUAGUGGAUGUGUGCCUAAGGGUAAAUUGUGGUAGUGGUGAUGGCUGUAGAAAUGGUGGUGGUGUUGAUGAUGGUAUUGAUUAUGAGAUUAUUAAUGACACCGCCGUUAAAAGCCUUAAUGACAGAUAGCUCGUAAGUGGUUGUUAAUAUUGUUAAUGCCUUACUAAUGGCGAUGGCAUUUGGAUAAACAUUUGCUUCCGUCUGACGAUAUAUUUUCAUCAAUUAAAAAUAAAGUAUCAGUCUUUAUAUAA